AUGAAGGAGAUGGUAAAGCGUCUGCGUCUUCAACCCAUUUAUCCACAAGUUGCUGAUGACAGUCAGCAGCCAACUCAUUUGUUUGGUGUUGGUAAUAAAGAUGAGUCCAAGUUAGUUAGUGGCACGACACGCGUAACUUUCCCUGCCUUAGCACAUGACCAGGAGAUGCCUAGUGGAACUCUCAACAGCAUGCUGGCGAUAACGAGUCGUGAGAGGUGGUCGUUUGGUGGUCAUGGAGACCCAUUUUGUUCCAGUAUCAGUAUACCGAAUGAAGGUCUCUUCAUGGACAGAGACAUGGAAGUACCACUCUUGGAAGUUGGUCUCGGCUCGACGUCCCGCCGCUCUGAAACCGACGAUACGGAGGGACAGGAUGCGAAGGUGAUGCAGAAUGUGCUUCUAAGCGCAUUCCCUGAAUCGUUGAAGCAUAUCACAACCGAUGAAGCAUCUGUGGAGGCACUCACUUCUGAGAACGCGGAGAGUGCAACUGACAGUGGAUAUCAUCGACAAUUUACGGAAUUUGCUCUCCGUGAGGUCUAUUUUUUAUUGAUGUCUGCGGCUUCCGCCAACGAGGUGCGGCUGCGAUACUUACUGCGACAGAAUACGAUGGAUAUGGACGAACUGAACUCAAAAUCAAUUCAGGCGGCUAUAAUGGAGGAAAGUACACGGAGUCUCUCUGAGUGGAGUGAUGCAUGGUAUCAGACUCCGCAUCCUAAAAGUGAGGUGCUGACGGCAGUCACUGUUCGUCCACCGCAGUUUGUAGCAGGAAUGUUGUGGAAUGGUAGCGAUUCUUUCUUGCUUGGUGGCACAGCCUAUUUACAGGAGGGCCGGAUUUUGCAAAUCCGGUUGCAGUGUGGCAACAGAUCCACUGAAAGUGCCAGCACAUCGCCAACUAAUGGAGGGAGUUUUGUGACUUCCGAUAACGCUUGUAGAGGAGGUGAUGGGUGCAGUGGACAAAAGUGUCAGGUCCGUCUUCUACUUCGGGAGUUUAUCUCUGUCUCCAAGGUUGGAAUGGGAUCCAUGGUGCAAACCUUUUCACUCAUUCCUGAGUAUGUGCCUGCGAAGGUUACACGAAAUCAGACUUUGCCAUAUGAUCUUAUUCAAGCAGUUUUAGAUAUGUGCUCACCUGGGGCGGUGUCACGUGCCUUUUCACUUCAAAUGCUGCUGCCAAGAAACUUGCGGAGUGGAAACAAGUUAUCCGCUUUUGACGAGACGACGGAAUCCUUUGGUGUUGGCGGUCCUACGAUGGUGGGGUGCUCAUUUGGCGAUAGGGAAUCAGAUAGUAAUGAAAUUGAUGGGGGUUGCACCCUUUCGCUUACUCGGUCUUCGUCAUCCAUAGCACAUACAAGGUGUUCUAUUUCUGCGAAGAGGUUUAGUCGUCAACCGUUAGGAAAUGAGGCGUACCUGGUGUACACGAACCCUAAGCUCUAUGCGGUGGUCAUGAAAUAUUCUCCAGCCGUCCUCACAUCUCAUACAAAUGCUAUUCGUGAAUACCUUAAAUACAGCCAACGCUUGCGUUUUCAACGGCAGAUACAGCGAUUGCUUGCUGCUGUUUACACUAUACAACGCUUUUUUCGUCAUUGUAUUGCGAAGAAGGGACGUGCAGUGAAUCGCAUGCUGAAGCGCUGGGGCCAGCUUGAGCUGGAUAGCAGAGAACAGUUGAAGAAGUACACACUUUCUCCUGCCACAGUCGAUCGUAUUGGUUUUAUUGUUGGCUCGGUGCUGUGGCAACACAUUGUAACAACGAAGGAGUACAAGAUGGCCAUCUUGGAGGAACAAUUUUCCUUGCGACGAGCGGCGUAUCGAAAGUGGUGUGCGCAGCGCCUGGAGGAGGACCGAGCAAAGUGCACAAGUGCUCGAAGUGCUGAUAUAUCAGUAAGCCUUGUGUCGGACGCGGGGUGGACUGAGAAGGUAAGCAGUACCACUUGUUCCGAGACGGGGAUAACGUCCACGGUGCAUGGAGGAGAUAUGAUCGAUGUAACCUUGGGGAGGUCGCACCAUCGAUGGAUUUCAAAAUGGGAGUAUGUGCUGCACGCGCGCUUUGGGUGGUACAUUGAUCCCGAGGAGCUGCUGCAGGAGAGUCAUCGCCGUUUGUUGAUUUCUCUGCGGAGCUCUAUCUUGCAAAUGGCAGAUGUACAGGAGGAAAUGAAGAAAAAGGCGAACAUAUCUUUAGCUCUUCUUUGA